UCUGUUUUUCUUUCUUUUUAAAUAGUUGAUUGGUAUGCAGACGGUAAACAAGAUAUUGCUAUGGCCCAGCCUACUCCAAUUUGGAAGUACCAUCGUAUGCUAGCUCACUCCGCUAUCAGAAAAUUCGCAUCUGGUGAAUACUUAGAAAAUAUUACUAAAGAAAUAAGACCAGUCUUGCAAGAAAUCAUAACGGAUAACCUGAAAGAACCAUUCGACCCACAUGACGUCAUUGGUUUUGCUGUUUACAACGUACUUGCCUCCAUGUGCUUUGGUCACAGAUAUGAAGUGAAUGAUCCAAGACUUAACAAAAUUAUGAAAACUUCAAGAAAAGUCAUCUUGGGACUUGGUAAUGGAUGGACUGCUGACUUUAUCCCAUGGUUUCGUCAUGUGCCAAAUCCAUAUUUUUAUAGUUUUAAAAAGAAUACCGCUGAAUUCCAUUCAUUGAUAUUGAAGGAAAUCGAAUGCCAUGUAGAGAGCUUUGAUCCAGGUAAAGGGAAACAAACAAUUGUAUAUUUCUAAUAGAUUAUAAGUUAUUGUUUCUAGCGUCACAAGUUCUUCUGUAAA